CCGCGGGUCUCAAGCAGGGAUUUUCGCUUCUGCUCCAGGGGGGCUCCUUGGGAUUUUGUCACGGGUAAAUGGUGUGAAAAGAAUCGGGAUUUGCGGGGAGGCUGUGCGGCGAGCUCGGAGCUGGCCGGCGUGACCCUGGCAGGACAUCCUCGGCAGACACCGAAGAGCUUCUUCUGACGCAUCUCCACGAACACGCAGAAACAGAGCCGCAAAACAGCCGCAGUCCGUGCAGCAGAAAGCAGAUAUUUAAGAGCACAGAAAUGCCCAAUGAGAGAGAGAGCGCAAACUGCAAAGUGCGAGACGUUCCAGAGCCGUGGAGCGAGGCGUUAGGACACGGAGCGUGAGGACGGAGACGGGGAGCGUGAGGUUCGACACACUGGGGCCCCUGUCACUCGGCGGCACUGACCGGCCCACACAAGAAUGCCAACAAUCGCGCACUCUGGGCUUUGUGCAUUCAGACCCCGGACAGCGGAGGAGAGAGGGAGAGUGAGAGAGCGAGAGAGAGAGAGAGAGAGAGCUGUCUACAGACAGUGUGGCUUCCCAACAGAAGCCUGACAUAGCUCCGGACACUGAAACCCCGGCUGGUAUUUUUGGGGCGACUUUGACUCGGAUAAAAUGGCGUCGUGCUGCUCCGGAGUGUCUCUGAGAAGCUGCUUCCUGUCCUCAGACAUACCCCCCGCUGAGCUAGACGCUCUCUGGAAAGACCCACCGUACACGUUGGCCGGAGCCAAUGAGCUCUUCCCAGGAAAUGACAUCAUGACCACAGAUAAAGGUGAGGACGACCAGCCCCAAGAGCAGGGCCUGGAGGCGGAGCCAGAACCAGUAACAGGAAGUUACUGGAAGGAGAAGGCGGCGUUCUGCCGGGGCAGCACUGUCUCUCUCGCCGUCGGGGAGCGAUUCUCCUCAGAUGUGCUGCUGCUGUUUGGCGGGCGGCGGCGCUGCAGCGGUGAGCCUGACGAUGACCUGCAGGAGGCGCUGCGCACACGGCUCAGAGUGGUGGAGAGCAACAGCCAGGACGUCACACAGCUCUUUAAGGACCUGUCUGCUCGCCUCCUGUCGGUCCACGCAGAGAAGGACUGCUUCAUCAUCACGUUUAAGACCGUGGAGGAGAUCUGGAAGUUCUCCACUUACCUGUCUCUAGGCUACGUGGCGCGGUGUCUGGAGAACUUCCUGUGCGAUCAGACGUUCUGGCUGGACUCGGCUCGGCUGAGCGAUGUGGAGAUCUGCGUGACGGUGGACGAGGAGCACCUGGCCACGCUCUACCUGGGACUGCUGCUGCAGGAAGGUUCCUUCUUUGCGAAAGCGCUGUAUAACCGCGAGGACGCGGAAGAGGAGGACCUGGCGUACCGGAGGAACGACCUGGUCAUGGUGCGGGACACGGGACAGGAGUACCUGUGGGAGGGCACCUUACUGGCCAGCGGACAGCACGGCCUGGUGCCUGUGCACUCAAUGCAGCCUCUGCCUUACCCCUUCUACCAGUGGUUCCUGAGAAAGUACCCUGGAUCUGCAGGGGGGGCCUGGGUGUCCGAGGCCCAGUUUGAUCACCCUGUCGUGACGGGCACCUGUGUGGCUCUGGUGGACCAUAACCCCCUGGGGCAGGAUGAGCUCCAGUUCAGCCAGGGCGAUCAGAUCGAGGUGGAGGGUUUCCUGCUGACUGGGCUGGGCGUUUUCAUUGGACGGCACCUCUCCAGCGGAGUGACGGGAUUCGUGCAGAAGGCCCACGUGAGGCCGGAGAACAUCGCACCCCUAGACGGACAGCGGGUGUUUCUGAGCGAGGAGGAGAGGGCAGCUCUGUCUCAGCUUAACCCCUGCGACGAGCAGUAUCACAGCGGCCUCCUGAACAAGCUCUCCGUCACGGACAUCAGCUCUGUGUACAGACUCGAUAGGCUGGACGAAUCAGACUUUCCGUACAUCAAAAACCAACCGAAGCCAGAGCCGAAGCCGUCCAUCAGCGCCCGGCAGAGCGUGUUGACGGAGAAGAGCGACUCCCCCACCUUCCACUCCUCCACCCGGAUUUCCUUCUACGCCUCCCAAAGCCUGCUGGACCAGGACCAGGACGGGGGCGAGGCCCUGUCCUUCAGCCUGGAGGACACCUUCAGGGGCUUGGACGACCUGGAGGACGACCCGGCUCUCUUCCUGGACGAGGGCGGCUGGGAUGCUGGCGAGCCGGAGCUCUGCGACCCCACGCUGACCCUCCUGAACCAGGAGCGCUUCGAGGAGUCCUUCCGGGACCUGUACGACCUCCCCUACUCCUUCCUCGACACGUUCUUCAGCGGGUCGCGGGAGGAGGACCUGCUCCAGCACCUGGAGGGCUGGCGCGAGGCGGUGAAGAAGACCAGAAUGCACUGGGCCCACCGCCGCGUCUGUUUCCUGCUGGGACGACUCUGCGCCAAGAAGAACAAGUUCUCCCAGGCCAGGGUCUACUUCGAGGAGGCCCUGGGGGUCCCCGUGAGCGGGUUCUCCGACCUCCCGCUCCUCAUCGCCCUCUACACCAACCUGACCGCCAUCUACCUGAAGCAGCGGCUGGUGGAGAAGCUCCCGGCGACCCUGGAGAAGGCCUGCGCCCUGCUGAUCGGCCUGCCGCAGCACCGCUUCUGCUCGUCGGACGAGUUCGAGAUCCUGAAGCUGGUCCUCCGCCGCGCCGUGGUGGAGAGCGACAAGCACCUGGAGGCCCGCGCCUGCUACCUGGCGCUCUGCCUCUUCCUGAGGAUGAGGAAGACGGAGGACGCCCUGCCCUUCGUCGAGCGGCUGCAGUUCCUCACCAUCAGCCUGUCGGAGGAGGCCGGCCGGCCCAUGGCCCCCGUCGACCUCAACUGGGUGCUGAGCCGCCUCUACCACAGGAAGUACCUGCCCUACCUGGCGCUGGCGUCGCUCAGCCUGGACUCCGCUCUCGACCGGCCCCUGGAGGACGCCUUCCAGAAGAUCGAGGUCUUCAUCAAGAACGCGGUGCGGCUCAACGCCCAGUGGCGCGAGGGCGCCUCGCUGAUCCCCGCCCAGAUCGUGGUGUACCUGCAGCAGGCCCUGUCCAUCAGCAGUCGUCACGGCGACCUGCGGACGCAGCGGGACCUGUGCAUGAGCCUGGCGUGCGUCUACCAGCAGCACGGGGCGCUGGAGCGGGCGGUGGAGUGCGCCCAGCGGGCCGUCGGCGCGGGCGGCCACGUCAGCGAGGAGGAGGGCUUCGAGGCCUGCGUGCUGCUGGCCUGGCUCCUCGCGCUGACGGGGGAGGCGGAGAGAGCGGCCGCCACCCUCACGCCCCUCCUCCGGUCCCUGAACGAGACGGACAGCCCCGCCCAGAGGGGCGUGGUCUACAACCUGCUGGCGCUGUGCCUGCGGAAGGAGGGCCGGGUCCGCGAGGCCGGCCGCCAUUUCCACUGCGCGCUGCAGAUCUCGCGCGAGAACGGCAACAAGCGCAACGAGGCGCUGGCGCUGGCCAACCUGGGCUGCCUGGCGCUGGCGGCGUGCGCCCCGGGGCUGGCCGAGCGCUUCCUGCUCCGCGCCCUGCCGCUCUUCCGCGCCCUGGACCUGGCGGAGAGCCCCACGGACGCGGAGCACGCCCAGGCCUUCCUCUGGCUGGGCCGCUGCUACCGCGAGCGCGGGAACACCCAGCGCACGCGCCUGGCCUACGAGAUGGCGCUCCUGAUCGCCAUCAACGCCAAGAACCUCCGCAGUCAGAUGGUCGUGGCCAGAGUGCUGAGUCACCUGUACAGCGACCUGCUCCUGCAUGGCCAGAGCAUCAUCUACAACGAGCACUGUGUGGCGCUGUCCCGCGAACUCAAGGACAAGCGGCAGGAGGGGGAGUACCUGGAGGUCCUCAGCCAGCUCUACCUGUCCUUAAACACAGAGAAGUCCUCCAGAAAGUCUCUGGACUACACCAAGCAGAGUCUGAGGAUCUCCAUUGACCUGGGGCGGCGGGAGGAGGAGUCAGAGACGUGGCUCCAGGUGGGGAGGAUUUACUACCUGAUCCAGGAGGACGAGCUCGCCGACAUGUACCUGCAGGCGGCUGUGAAAACAGCCCUAAGAGUCCAUGAUCCGCAUUUCGCCAUGAGUAUUUACGAGGAGGCCGGAGACGUGUUCUUCCAAGGAUGCAGAAAUCGGCAUUCAGCAAUCCCAUUCUACAGGGAUGGCAGUCUGCCCUUUGCCAGAAAUGUGAAGGACGUGGAGUCGGAGUUCCGUCUCCUGAGCAAGCUGACUGAGCUCCUGAUGAACCUGAAGCAGAACCAUCAGGCACUGCAGUUCGCCCUUCUCGCCGUGCAGGUCAGCACCACGACAGGGGAUCGUUUGAAAGAGAGAACCGCCUUCCAUCGGCUGGCUACAGUUUACUUCUCUCUCCAGCAGUUUGAGCUGGCUGAAAACUACUACCUGAAGUCUUUAUCCCUGAGCCCCGACAUCCUGGAUCUCCCCAAAGACGCACAGUACUUUGUGAAAGUCUACUGCCGGCUGGGAGACCUGACCUUACACAAGCUAAAGGACGCCUUCGACGCGGUCGGGUACUUCCACCUGGCGCUGGCCGCGGCCCUGCAGGACCGGGGGACCCCCUGGGCGCUGUACACGGUGUACGUGAAGCUGGCGGAGAUCCACGCCCACCACAUGCCCGACGCGCGGCUGAGCCAGGAGUACAUGGACUGUGCGCGGGCGCUGAAGGACGAGCUGGAGCAAGCAGCGGGACCGGGACCGCAUAUGGACCGGGACCGCACACUGACCGGGACCGCAUAUGGACCGGGCCCGCACACGGACUGGGACCGCACACUGACAGGGCCCGCACACGGACCGGGACCGCAUAUGGACCGGGACCGCAUAUGGACCGGGACCGCCCAUGGCCUGGCGAGACGGCCGGACCUGCGGACCUGACUGACCCAAGGGGUUCAGUCACCCUUCCGAGUCCGAAGACGCCGUUUAAGGGUCCCUGGAAUGUUGUAUUUGGGAUUCUUCCGGUUAGGGAUACUCUUGAUAUUGUGCUCCGUGAUUCAAUGACAGUUUGGACAGAUAGGGACAAACUAAGGAACACAUAUUUGCAGUGUUUAUCUCAAUAUUUAAACACACACGUCAAUCAAUAUCAAGUUAAAUGAGUUUGACUCCAAUUCAUGUCUUUCAGAGAAUCCUCACUUUAUGUCCUUUAUAUAAAUAUGUAAAUAUGAUAUUUUCUCCACCAUACAAACAGUUCCAACUUCAGUAUUCACUCCAAUGUUUGCCGUUCUUUUUAAGUUAUUUGUAAAUGGUAUGACCGACAUUUUAAAUUAUGAUUGAGUUUUUCUUUUUGUACUUGUUUGCACUGACUGGAGGAUGUUUUCUGCACUUUCCAGAGAUACGCUGUAGCACUGCCUCCUGUUGGCCCAGCUCGGAGUCUCACCUCGUUGACUAAUGGCAGGCUGUUUUCUCAUUGGCUGUAGAGUCAGUUCUAGGCAUAGCUGACAAGGGUAUUGCAUCCCAUGAUAGUCCCCACCCAACCCCACCCAACCCCACCCAACCCCAUCCCACCCAACCCCAUCCCAUCCCACCCCACCCAAUCCAACCCCACCCAACCCCACCCAACCCAACCCCAUCCCACCCAACCCCAUCCCAUCCCACCCAACCCCA